AUGCGUGUUUUUGAGGACUCGGUCCAUUCCGCCCUUCGAAGACUUCAGGACUAUGGGAAACGAUUCGUCGGCACGGAACAGCAGGCACGUCAAGUACGCUCGUCACUGCAAGAGGUGCUUAUCAAUGAUGAGGAUAUGGCGAUGAUAAAUGCCGAUGUCAUCGCCGAGUGGGCAAGCUCCCUGCUUGGGGAGGACAACCACAUGGUGGAUACCAUUCAAUCCGUUUUCGAUAUCCGGAACAAUGAAAUCAUGACCUUGAAAAGAGCUCAACUGAAGACUUGGAUGCUCGGAUUUGCUGUCUCCACCUUUGUCACCGGCCUGUUCGGGAUAAAUGUGAUUAUUUCCUUCGAAGAGAGCUACCCGGCAUUUGCGCAGCUUGCAUCGGGGUGCACCGUGGAGACGAUCGGCGUUGCACGAGUCGGUAUGCGGAAACUGGCAAAAUUCCGCAGGUCUCAGCUCUAA